AUGACGGUAAAAGUAUACCCAGUUUAUGGUAUCGAUUAUCAUGCUGGAUUUGAUUACGAUGAAACAUAUAGUCCAGUUGCUCAUAAUGAUGCUAUUCGUGGUGUAAUAGUGCUUGCAGCUUUAGAAAAUUUUAAACUUGCUCAGUUCAACAUUAGACUUGCAUUUUAUAUGAACAAAAACAAAAAAUUUGCCAUUUAUGUAGAUGAUGAAGUUAUUGCAGGAACUAUUGAAAGUACAGUGAAUUCAUUUUUAUAUGUGUUUAAGCCUGAAUUCAAAAUAACAGUGGGAUCCUUAGGCUCCUUUUUAGAUUCUACAUCGUUUCUUCAUUGUACAUUGUUUUAUCAUUCAAAACCAUUAAAAACUCCAUGUGGUAAUAAACAAUUAGACAGUGAAUAUAGCAGUACUCUUGACAACAAUGUUCCUUAUUGUUCAGCUGUGAGAUCGUUAAUGUACCUGGCAUCCUCUACUCGUCCAGAUCUAGCUUAUGCUGUCUCAAAACUUGCUCGAUCUAUGGCUAAACCCACUUCUUUCGCUUGGAACCCUGUUAAGCAUAUUUUCAGAUAUCUUCAUGGUACACCAGACUUAGGUCACUUCUAUACUUCAUCUGGUGGUAAAUUUUGUGCCUAUGCUGAUGCUGACUUUGCCGACAACACCAAAACAAGACGACCAGCAAAUGGUUUUGUUCCAAUGAUUGGUGAUACUGUAUCAUGGACAACUCAACUGCAGAAAUUAGUUGCACUAUCCACCACUGAAGCGGAGUUUGUUGCAGCAAGUGAAGGAACCAAGGAGUUAGUAUGGCUAAACAGACAUGUUGUGUCUGUCUGUCUGUUGUGUUUACUGUUGUGGUUUAUGUGA